AUGAGGACGGUUUCAGCCUGGAUUCUUAUGGUGUCUGUCCGUGAAAUAUACGCUGCAGAAACGCUGGAUAUUUACCAGAAACAGUCGUUUGUCUCUGCUAAGCCUGGUGAAGCCGUUACGCUUCAGUGCACACUGGCUGACCAUCAGAGUAAUGAAGACGUGUUUUGGUACAAACAGCCAGUGGGACAAAUGCCUCAGGAGGUGGGCAUCAAGGGGGCAUUUAUGGAAGCAGUCUUUUCAUCACAUUUCAAAAACUCAAACUUCAAACUGGAGAGAAUGGAGAACAGCGUUAGUCUGACUAUACCACACCCCACAAAAGAUGAUGAAGCGAUGUACUACUGUGGGAUAUCUGUGAUGAUGAUGAUCAAGUUUUCCACUGGAACAUUCUUAGCUAUUGCAGAUCAUCCUCACUUAAACAUAUCAGUUCUCCAAACUCCAGUAUGGGGCUCAGUUUCUCCAGGAGAGCCGGUCACUCUGCAGUGCACGGUCCUCUCUAAGAUCGGAGCAGCAGAACUCCGAGUGCUCUGGUUCAGAGCUGCUGCAGGACAAUCCUUUCCUGAAAUCAUUUACACUCAUCAGAACAGCAGCAGCCGUCAGUGUGAGAUCAGCUCUUCUACACACAGCUCUGUGUACAACUUCUCCAAGAACAUCCUCGACCACCACCAUACUGGAACUUACUACUGCGCUGUGGCUGCCUGUGGAAAGAUCAUUUGGGGCAAUGGAUCAACUGUGGAAAUAGCUGUACUUGUGAUGGGACUGGCUCUGGGUUUGUUCGCGGUCUGGAACGUCACACUGUGCUGCUUCUGUUUGAAAGGGAAAAUCUGUAAACAUUGCCAAGGCAGUAAACCUCACCCUGUUACACAUGAUCUCUCAAGACCAGACAAGCUACAUGACCAGGAACGUGACGCUAUGGAGCUGUAUUACUCCGCCUUCUCUGAAGCAGAUACUAAAAGAGGGGUGAAGAACAGAAGACGGCCUCAGGACAAUGUGUACUCUGAAGUGAUUUACACCAGCCUGACAUAAAGUCAGAUCAGACUCUGAUUCCUGUUCUGUUUACUGGACUGGGUGACUAAGACAUUUGAUUUGGUCAAAUGGGUUUAAUGUUCUUAAUGCGAUUGAGCUGAUUGGUUACUGAAACCAGAGAUAACAGUGAGUCAUUCAAAUGCAAAUCUCAAAGCAGAAGUGUCUAAUUACAGUGUUCAAAGCCAAAGAAUUCCAGCUGAGUCAAUCAAUCUUUUUCUUUAAAGAGGGAUCAAUGAGUUUUUUCCUCAGUAGUAUUUACCAUUAUCUCCUAAAACACAUUAUCUUUUCUCUUUUUGUUCUAUUGCCUUUAGGUUUCACUUGCUAAAAGUUGUUCUGUGAGCUGUAACCUGUACAUGCAUGUGAAUAAAGUAAACAUGAUGAAUCCAGGCUUUAAA